AUGGAGCCUCUGUUUGGGGUUGUGCUGGGUUUGAUUCUGGCAUUCGCUUCACCAGCCCACGACAGCUGUACCUGUGCGACCAACAAGUGGGCAGUGUGUGCCCAGGAUGGCCUAGGGAACUGCACCUGCAGGCUGGCAGGUUCAGAUCACCCUGUAGACUGCUCAACCCUGACUUCUAAAUGCUUCCUGAUGAAGGCAGAAAUGAUCCCCCUGAAGGAGAAGCGCCUCUGGAGACCUCCCCAGGGGCUGUCAGACAGCGAUGGCAUGUACAACCCCGACUGCGAGGACAGCGGUGUGUUUAAGGCCAGGCAGUGCAACCAGUCCAGCACCUGCUGGUGCGUGAACACGGCGGGCGUGCGCAGGACCGAGAAGGGAGGCAGCAGCCUGAGCUGCAGCGAGCUGGUCCGGACCAGGUGGAUCUACAUUGAGCUGACACACAAGAGGAGCUCCAGCGCCUUCGCUGUUCCCGACGUGGCCAAGGCCCUGACGCAGCUGUUUGAGAGCAGGUACAAGCUGCACCCCAAGUACAUUGCGGCCAUCAAGUACGACCCCCCCCUCAUCCAAAUCCGCCUGGACCAGAACAAGAAACCCAGGUGGGAUGUAGAUAUAGCUGACGUGGCCUAUUACUUUGAAAAAGACGUGAACAAUGACUCCGUGUUUCCAUCUAACAGCAAAUUAACUGUCUUGGUCAAUGGAGAUGCUCUGGCUAUUGAGAAGCUGGGGAUUUACUAUGUGGAUGAAAAGCCCCCAGAGUUCUCCAUGAGGCAGCUGGCAGCUGGCAUUGGUGCUGUGGUCACCGUGGUGCUCCUCACGGCUGGCAUCGGCAUCGCUGUGCUGCUCAUCCUCAGGUGGCUGCGCACAAGGACAUAUAAAAAAUUUGAGUGUAAAGAAAUGAGGGAAAUUAAAGCCCCAAGCUUAGAGCUGCCCUGA